CGAGGGGCCCUGCUGGACCUCUGUCUACCAGCCAGCGACCUCUGAGUCCCUGCGGCUCCCCAGAAGCCGCUCCCCGAGGCCCAGCGCUGUGGGUCAGGACAGGAGCCCCCAUCAGACAGAGCCCCGGGCUCUUCUACCGCCGAGGCCACGGGGAACCUGAGUGAGAAGGCACAGGUGGCAGGUGGGCAGGCGCGGGGCCCCGAGGCCAACCGGCUGCUGACCCUGGAGCGCUCUGGCUCGGGCACCCCUGCCCAGGCUGGGGACGAUGCUGCCGAGGCCCCCACCAGCCACCCCUGCCCCGUCCUCGAGCUGCCUCCAGCCUGGCCUCUGGGCUGUGGAGCAGAAGAUGUGCCAGCCUUCUGCUUCGUGUGCUUCCACAGGGAGGAGGACGAGGAGAUGCUGGAAGAGGUCCCACUGCAGAGGGAGAAGAUGAGUGUGGGCUGCCCAGAGCCCGAGCCACCCCGCGCCCUGCCCUGCUGUGGGCCGGGGACUGCCCCUGGGCUGGGUGCAGGCGUGCCCCUCCUCACUGAGGACAUGCAGGCGCUGACCCUCCGCACGCUGGCCGCCAGUGACGUCACCAAGCACUACGAACUUGUCCGGGAGCUGGGCAAGGGCACCUAUGGGAAGGUCGACCUCGUGGCCUACAAGGGCACAGGCACGAAAAUGGCGCUGAAGUUUGUGAACAAGAGCAAGACCAAGCUGAAGAACUUCCUGCGGGAGGUGAGCAUCACCAACAGCCUCUCCUCCAGCCCCUUCAUCAUCAAGGUCUUUGACGUGGUCUUCGAGACGGAGGACUGCUACGUCUUCGCCCAAGAGUACGCGCCUGCCGGGGACCUGUUCGACAUCAUUCCUCCUCAGGUGGGGCUCCCCGAGGACACGGUGAAGCGCUGCGUGCAGCAGCUGGGUCUGGCGCUGGACUUCAUGCACGGGCGGCAGCUGGUGCACCGCGACAUCAAGCCCGAGAACGUGCUGCUGUUCGACCGCGAGUGCCGCCGCGUGAAGCUGGCCGACUUCGGCAUGACGCGCCGCGUGGGCUGCCGCGUGAAGCGGGUCAGCGGCACCAUCCCGUACACGGCGCCCGAGGUGUGCCAGGCGGGCCGCGCCGACGGCUUCGCGGUGGACACGGGCGUGGACGUGUGGGCCUUCGGCGUGCUCAUCUUUUGCGUGCUCACCGGCAACUUCCCGUGGGAGGCGGCGUCGGGCGCCGACGCCUUCUUCGAGGAGUUCGUGCGCUGGCAGCGGGGCCGCCUGCCGGGGCUGCCGUCGCAGUGGCGCCGCUUCACCGAGCCCGCGCUGCGCAUGUUCCAGCGCCUGCUGGCCCUGGAGCCCGAGCGCCACACGGUGGCCUGGGCGUCUGGCCGGCGGCGAGGUGAUCUGUGCCAGGAAUUUCCCUGGGCUUCUGCUGGGGACCGGCACGUCAGCCUGGGGCUGCCCCCAUCCCCGCGUCUGCCUGAUUCCUGGUACUGGAGUGUGCCGCUGUGGGAAUGA